AUGAGCCAGAAGCGACUAACAUUGAUGAAUGUUGAAAAGCUCAAGAAGAUGGCAGGUGCUGUGCGCACCGGGGGGAAGGGUAGCAUGCGCAGGAAGAAGAAGGCUGUACACAAGACCACAACUACAGAUGACAAAAGGCUCCAGAGUACCCUGAAAAGAGUAGGAGUGAACACCAUUCCUGGUAUCGAAGAGGUCAACAUCUUUAAGGAUGAUGUGGUUAUUCAGUUUCUGAAUCCUAAAGUGCAAGCUUCAAUUGGUGCUAAUACAUGGGUAGUCAGUGGAACUCCACAGACAAAGAAACUGCAAGAUCUGCUGCCAUCAAUUAUCAAUCAACUUGGUCCUGACAACUUGGACAACCUGCGGAGGCUUGCAGAGCAAUUCCAAAAGCAGGUCCCUGGUGGUGCUGCUGGCAUCGAGGCUGGUGCCAGUGCAGGUGCUGCUCAGGCUGACGACGAUGAUGAUGUUCCUGAGCUUGUCCCUGGAGAGACAUUUGAAGAGGCCGCUGAAGAGAAAAAGUGGACCGGUUUUGUCAUGUACGCGAGUUUCGUCUGA